GGCACGCUAAACAAAUUCGACAGACCAGACUUGGGGUGGUUCUACUUUCAAAAACUCUCCACCAAACUAUUUCUUUCUACUUUUUUUAUGAGCGUAAGCAAACUGCCGAAGCCUUGACCUAGUCUCUCACACAGAGCCAGGCGGGUGCGUAUUUUGUUCUUUUUUAUUUUUCAAAACCGAAAGUAAACUGAAGCGGGCCCUUGAAGCCAUGGACGAGGACAUGCCGGAAGAGGCUAUGCCUUUGCGGCAGGACCUGACCUGCCCCGUGUGCCAGGCCGUCUUCCAGGACCCCGUGCUGCUGCCGUGCUCCCACAGCUUCUGUCGGGAGUGUCUGCAGAAAAGUUUUCAGGUCAACAAAAAUUGUCCCGUGUGCAGAGAGGUGUGCGAGGAGGGGCGGGUCACCUCCAACCGCGCGCUCAGCAGCGCGUGCGAGAGCUUCCUCCGACAGUCGAACUGGUGGGCGAACCGGAAGGGCCCCGGUGAGCUCACCUGUAACCUGCACCUGAAGCCGCUGCAGCUGUACUGUGAGAAGGACGAGGAGCCCGUGUGUGUGGACUGUGUCACUCUGCACAACACACACACGCUGUGGUCGCUGAGUGAGGGGGCACCGAUGUGUAAGAAGGAGCUGGGCUUCAAAGUCCAGAUCUUUAAAAAUAAAGUGAAGUCAUACAAGAAAAUGACACACAAACUCGGCAACACAAUUGAGUACAUCAAGUAUCAAGCUGGGCUGGCAGAGAAGCAGAUCAAUGUGGAGUUCGAGAGGCUCCGCAUGGUGCUUGUCACAGAGGAAGCUCUGCGUCUAAAAGCCCUGGCCACUGAGGAGGAGCAGAAGAUUGCUGCCAUACAGAAGCUGAUUGACAACACAAACAACGACAUUGCCACCAUGAACAAGCUCAGUGAUACACUGCAGAAAGAGAUGGGCAACGAGGAUCUGACUUUCCUGCGGAAUUUCCAGAAGUUAAAAAGAGAAGCCCAGUGGACUCGUGAAGAACCUUGCAUCCCGAAAGACUCUCUUUUGAACAUGGGCAAGCAUGUUGGUGCUUUGAGCUUCAACAUCUGGAAGAACAUGCAGGCAUAUGUCAAAUAUAAUCCUGUGGUGUUUAACCCAAACACUGCCUCUCCAUGGCUGUCCUUGAAUGAUGAUAUUUCUAGUUUGAAGGAAAGCUCAGAGCGGCUGACCACCCCUGACAACCCGGAGCGUUUCGAUCCCUGCGUCUUUGUGCUUGGUGCUGAAGGUUACACCUCUGGGAAACACAGAUGGGAGGUCGUUGUUGGUGACAACCCCAGGUGGAUUGUGGGAGUUUGCAAAGAGUCAGUGCCCCGUAAAAAGAAGUUCACGGUCUCUACGAGCAAUGGUGUGUGGUCCAUAGGACUGAGCAAAGGGGUGUACACUGUCUCAACACCUGAGCAUACCGAGCUGCAGGUACAGCAGCGUCCAGAAAAAAUCCGCAUUAAGCUUAAUUUAGAUACGGGAGAGGUGUCAUUUUGGGAUGCAGGAACUGCAGCGCACCUUGUCAGUUUAACACACAAGUUUGAUGAAAAGAUCUAUCCAAUUUUUGGACCAGGCCUCCAUAUUACGCCUACGACUCUGGCUCCUGGAAAAAUAGCUGUUCACACCUCAUGAUGAGCCGAUAUAUUGCGGACGGAUGGUUGGUGACUUAAACUGUAUAGGAUUGAAAAUAAUAAUAAUCUUUUUCAACUUUAUCAGUCAUACAGAGAUAAAUUGCCCAUCAUUGUAGAAUAUAAAUGAUUAAAAUCUGCCAAUGAGAUGAAACGAUAGCAAUUAGGGAGGCUAUAAAAUAAAACAAAACAUUGAGAGGGCUUACUAAAGGAUCAUAAAAGACACAGUGCAUUUAAUGAAAGUUUAACAAAGCAUUUUUUAAAGGUAAGACAUGUUCGUGUAUUAAAAGCCUUGCAGCUGCAUGAUGCAGAUUAUAGAGCUAAGAAAUUACUUUGUGAACACUGAUGGAGCACAGGAACUAACCUAACAUCUGUUUUUUAGAUGUGCCUUAGCUGGCGGAGAUUGGAUUGAGCAGUUUUUUGUAGUGCUGUGAAAAAUAACGCGUUAAUUAAAUUACAGGUUUAACUAGUUUUUUUUUUAAAACGCAUUUAACGCAUGCGCAGAAUGAGCUUCCAAUCCGUCUGUUGUUGGUCGUCUCUAACCAGCAGCAUGUCAUUCUGUCUCUAGUGUCGCGUUAACACGACUCCGAUCUCCGUCUCGCGCGCCGCAGAGCUCGGAUGCCGGCGUGUGCGCGCACAUCGGGACGAAAAAAAAGUAACUUGCAAAAUGAGCUUCCAAUACGCCACUUCAAUCUGAACUCUGUCCGCUCUCAUGCAGACGGUCUGUUCAUCGGUAAUGAUCCUUCCGCAGGUUCACCUACGGAAACCUUGUUUCGACUUUUACUUCCUGUAGAUCAGGGGUCUCAACACGUCGAUCGCGACCUGCCAGUCGAUCGUGGCGUAGUGUUGGUAGAUCGCAUGACAUUAAAAAGAUUGGCCCGCCCCCUGACAUGUUCUCUAGAGCACGUCUUUGUUCUUUUAUUAAACUAAACGUCUGUUGUUCAUCGUAUCUCCACAGCAGCAUGUCAUUUCUGUCUACGUGUUGCGUUAACACUUAUCGAUCUCCGUCUCGCGCGCCACAGAGCUCCGUGCGCGCGCAUCGGGACCGAGCAAAAAAAAAGUCACUUGUCAAUCUGUCCACCUGUCCGUGUCCGGGCCGGUGAGGUUUCAGCUUUGCAGCGGUGUCCCCGCCGUCCCUUUCAUCACGGCCCAGUUCAUGAAGAAAACCCACAGUCAGUUUGCCUCAGCAGCUGCUAGAGGAAGACUAGAGGCCUUUAGAUUGUAUCAUGGUGGAGUUAAUGGUUGACAAACAAGAGAAAAAUGUUCUGUUUAACCCUCCUGUUACCUUUACAUUUACUUACAUAAGUUACCCUCGGGGUCAAUUUGACCCCAGCAAUUAAAACCUCCAGAAAAUUAUUAGAAUUAAUAUUGCUUCCCAAGUUUAAGUGUGAGGUACUUUAUGUUUGUUUGUUGACAACCUAAAUAGCCCUUUAAAUAAAUAAAAAAGUUGAUAUUUCUUAUAUGUUUGACACAGUGAAAAACAGCCUGGGGUCAAAUUGACCCCAAAGAACACCGACAUUAAACAUUGAAUGGGGUCAAAUUGACCCGAAAGGUAACAGGAGGGUUAAACAUUCUGUUUAGGAUGAAGAUGUAUUAAUGUUCCAUAUGGAAGAAAACUGCUGAAUAACUGCUGAGUUGCAGCACCAUUGUAUAGAAGAAUGUAUAUAUCCGUCUUUUGUCAUAAAUCUCUAUGUUCUCACAAAAUAUACCGAGAAUAUCGGUAAUUAACCCGAUUAAAAAUUUUAAUCGUUUCACAGCCCUAGUUUUUUGUCAUCACUUUACAAUGAAGGGACAUACCUCAAUAAAGAAAUGACUAGAAGCUUGGCUGACGCUGGUGGCCAAUACUGAUAAAGUUUGAAGAGCUGAAUUAAAACGGCCUCUUAAUUUAUUAAUGUAGUGGAAGAAAAAUUGGGACAUCCAGUUUUUGAUAUCUGAGAGCUCAAUAAAAAAGUUGAAUAUUAACGUAAUAAUUAAUGUAUCUGGGCUGUUAUUGUAGGUCUGUUAUCUUUACAUUUAUUUUCAGUUUUAUAAUAAUUGAAUAAUUAAUUUUAGCUUCUGAAAUUCCCUUUGAUUAAUUGUACGUCUUGUAUAUGAUUGUGUUGAUUCUGCCCAAAUGUGUAGUUGACUUGAUCAAUAAAAAUCAUAAAAAUCA